AUGGGUUUGUUUCCUGCCUCACCCCUUCGACCAACAUUAGCUGUGGAUUUGAAUAUGCUCGACUUUGUUAAUGAGCUUUUUGUUCGUUCACCUCCAAACACUACUGCAUGGUGUGACUCACUUGAGGCAUUUCUGGGUUCUCGUACAUAUAAGCUUGAGAGUAGAGAUGCCAUAAGAUGUCGCUUUGGAAAUGCACUACAGUGGUAUGGCAAUCUCAUUGCCCAGAAAGAACUUUUGAUAUCUGGGGUUAUAAAUGAGGGUCGUCUAAAAUACCUUGCAGAGGCUGGGUCUUCACUUGAAUCAGAUGACAUAGAUAGGGGAGACCAAAACUAUGAACCUCCCCCUUCUUCUAGUCCUACUUCAGUGGCAGAUGACACUAGUGAUGAUUCUCAUGAGAGUCAGAAUACUACAAAUGAUGAAACAGAUCUUCAGCGUCCAAGUGAAUACUUGCGGAAACAGUGCCCACUCUGUUUUGGUGGAGAUAAUCCACAUGACCCAAAUUUUAUGUAA